CUCCACAGGGACGCAGCGUUGAGUGUCGGAGCAGCCAGGCGGCCAGUGUGCAUCCCAGGACGCAACAUCAGUGUAGCUGGGGCUCAACUUUCAGCCGAUCGCCAAACUUCGGACGCUUUAGGGGGAAAGUUGCAAGAAAAGAAAAUGGGUUGCUUCGAGUGCUGCAUCAAAUGUUUAGGCGGUGUGCCCUACGCGUCGCUGGUGGCUACGAUCCUCUGCUUCUCCGGCGUUGCCCUGUUUUGUGGAUGCGGCCAUGUGGCUCUCACUGGCACCGUGACCAUCCUGGAAACCCACUUCUCCAAGGUCACCACCGAUCACGCCAUGCUGACUAAUGUAAUACAGCUGAUGCAGUAUGUCAUCUAUGGCAUCGCUUCCUUUUUCUUCCUGUACGGGAUCAUUCUGCUCGCCGAGGGCUUCUACACCACCAGUGCAGUCAAGGAACUGCACAGCGAGUUCAAGACCACCAUCUGCGGACGCUGCAUCAGUGGAAUGUUUGUGUUCCUCACGUACAUCCUGGGUGUGGCCUGGCUCGGUGUGUUCGGCUUCUCUGCUGUGCCCGUCUUCCUCUUCUACAACAUGUGGUCUACCUGCGCCGCCAUGAAGUCUCCAAUGGCCAACCUCACAAACAUCGACUCCAUCUGCGUGGAUGUUCGUCAGUAUGGAAUUAUUCCAUGGAAUGCCACACCAGGAAAAGCCUGUGGAUCUACGCUAGGUGACAUCUGCAACACCAGCGAGUUCUACCUGUCUUAUCACCUGUACAUCGUAGCGUGUGCCGGGGCAGGAGCCACUGUGAUCGCUCUGAUCCACUUCCUCAUGAUUCUCUCAGCAAACUGGGCCUACCUUAAGGAUGCCAGUCAAAUGCAUGCCUACCAAGACAUCAAAAUGAAGGAAGAGCGGGAGCUGCAGGACAUCACCUCACGCUCAAAGGAAUGCCUCAAUUCCUACACAUAAGGAUACUACACGCUCACAGUCCACUCAAACACUCAUGCAGACACACAUAGACACUGCGGCCAACCACUGUGGCCCCCUUUUUUGGACCAAGGCAACGCUCAGCUAAAAUAACCUGCCAACUGCCCUGACACUGUGCAGUACUAACCGGGCUCCUAACAAACUAAUGCAUCAGUGUUGCUUUCUGCACUAACUCACCAAGAAGUGUUGUUGUUUUAUUUUUCGUUUUAGCUAUGUGCUAUGUGAAGUUUCAUUCAUGCUGUUUUUUUAUUUUCUGUUUUUUUUCUGUAGGAAAAGGCAUUUGAGUUGAGAUCUGAUUUUCAUGCAGUUGUUGAUUCUCUCUCUCUCUCUCUCUCUCUCUCUCUCUUUUUUAUAACUGGUGUUUGCUGGUGAAGCUUGAGACAUUGCACUAUUCUUACACAGCGCAUAACAAUGACAGUUUGUUUUACAGUCUUGCUCUGUCUUUCCUCUGACCUUCUGUGGCCAGUUUUCAACUAGGGAAGAUUGUUUUUUGCUUUUGUUUUUUUUCAAUCAAAAAUGCGGAUGAAUUACAUACAACAUGAAAGGCCUUACAUCUAAUCUGAGUUAGUCACACUGUACGGACACAAGACUGAUGCUUCAAAAGAUACGUGCAGCAGAUUCUAUUGUGAAAGUUAUACAUGAUCUACAAAGUCAGACUCCUUAAAACUUAAGAAUUUAGCUGCUUUGCUGUCUCAGUUAGCAGUCAUGUAAGUGUUGUGGAUUGAUUCUUAGAUUUUGAUUGCCAUUGUACAGCUACAUAAGUCAUUCAGAACAUUAAUGGCCUACAUUAACACUACCUCAGGUGUGCACUAGAGCCUAUAGACUGAAACAAACAACACUUCUCCCCGGUCAAACUAUGGUUUUAAAAUCCAAUUUUAAUUGCAAAUCAAUGCCUCAGACACACAGUAUGUAUUUUUGGUAGCUACAAAGUAAACACCCACACCAGGAGCUCUUCUGCAUCAGUGAUUAUAGAGUUAAACUUUUACCGAUAAUGCCAUAAGAAUAACUUGCUAAUUAAAUGUGGAUGCUGCCAAUAUUGAGAUGAUAUCCAGUAUAUUAAGUAUCUUACAACUUUGGUCCAUAUGUAUUCAAGGAAAAAAAAGUCAAAGCUUUCCAAUGAGGAGAGCUCGGAUUGUAGCCGUCGUCUAUUGUAAUAUCUCUACAAUAUGAUUAAAAAUGAUUUGAUUUUGAGAAAUCUUAUGAAACAAACAUGUCCCACGUGCAUUGUUACGAUUAAGAACUUGGGGCGUGAACAGUGUAAAUUUAUUAAAAGUCCGUAUUUUAGUAUCGUUUUUUGUUAUUUUUGGAAUAUGAAAACCACUUAAAUUUUUUUUUGUUCUUAUUUUUCUAUAAUUGCACCUGUUUUUAUUGUGCAAUUGUCAGAAUGUCGACAUAAUUACUCGUGUAAUCUUUUAUUUCUUCUAGUUGAGUUACAGGGAUAACUUGAUGUUUCUUUGUUGCAUGAAGACAACUGUUUCUGCAGUGACACACGUGAUGUACAGUCAUGUAUACUGACAUCAGUAGUAGGCAGUGUUUGCCCGUUUCCCUUUUUUUUUUUUUUUGUUUUCUAACUGAAUACAAAUUAACUCAUGUUACGUAGCUGAUUAGUUCUAGAUAUUAUUUAGGUUCUUUUAAUUAAUUCAAAAGUAUACGCGUAUUAUUUUGUUGCAUGAUAGUAUACCUGUGUUUUCUAUGAAUGUCAAGGGCUUCCUCGUGAUGCUGAUACUUUCAAUUCAACUUUUCAGUAACAAUUAGUCACAACACCAGUCAUUCGAACAAUUGUAUAGAAAUAUAAAAUGGUCAAUUUAGCCAAAGUAUGAAUGCCAGUGUGACUUGCUGUCCGGUGUUUUGAACAGUAUCCGUGAGAUACUGCGGUACAAAACCUGCAUUGUUCCAUGCAGGACAGGCUACAGGUGUGCAGUGGCCGAGCAGAAAGAUGACAGAUGUGCAUAAUGUACGUCACAGCUCAUCUUUCUACGUUGUGUUUCCUGUUGAAUGAACCAAAAAUAGAAAAGAAAAUGCUAUCUAUCAAUCACCAGGAGGACAACAAUCAAUCAACGAGCAUCCUGUCUGACUGGAGCCCCCUUUAUGACACGACUCAACUGGCCUGUUGACUGUUUUUAUGAAAAUAAAUAAAAUAAAACAAG